GGGGCCAAGCGGGGCGCGCCCGCCGCUCCCAAGCAUGGCGUGCUCCUUGCCUCCCUGCGUGGUGGACUGUGGCACCGGGUAUACCAAACUUGGCUACGCAGGAAACACUGAACCACAGUUCAUUAUGCCUUCAUGUAUUGCCAUCAGAGAGUCAGCAAAGGUUGUCGACCAAGCCCAAAGGAGGGUGCUGAGGGGAGUGGAUGACCUUGACUUUUUCAUAGGGGAUGAAGCCAUAGAUAAACCUACUUAUGCUACAAAGUGGCCAAUAAGACAUGGUAUAAUUGAAGACUGGGAUCUUAUGGAAAGGUUCAUGGAACAAGUGAUUUUUAAAUAUCUUCGAGCAGAACCUGAGGAUCAUUAUUUUUUAAUGACAGAACCUCCACUGAAUACACCUGAAAAUAGAGAGUAUCUUGCGGAGAUCAUGUUUGAAUCAUUUAAUGUACCAGGACUCUACAUUGCAGUUCAGGCAGUGCUGGCUUUGGCGGCAUCGUGGACAUCCCGGCAGGUUGGGGAGCGCACACUGACAGGGACAGUCAUUGACAGCGGAGAUGGGGUUACCCAUGUCAUCCCCGUGGCAGAAGGUUAUGUAAUUGGAAGCUGCAUCAAACACAUCCCAAUUGCAGGUAGAGAUAUUACAUAUUUCAUUCAACAGCUGCUAAGGGAGAGGGAGGUGGGAAUCCCUCCUGAGCAAUCACUGGAGACUGCAAAAGCCAUUAAGGAGAAAUACUGUUACAUUUGCCCUGAUAUUGUGAAGGAAUUUGCCAAGUAUGAUGUGGAUCCCCGGAAGUGGAUCAAGCAAUACACAGGUAUUAAUGCAAUCAACCAGAAGACGUUCAUUAUAGAUGUUGGUUACGAAAGGUUCCUUGGACCUGAAAUUUUCUUUCAUCCCGAGUUUGCCAACCCAGACUUUAUGGAAUCCAUUUCGGAUGUGGUUGAUGAAGUCAUACAGAAUUGCCCCAUUGAUGUACGCCGUCCGCUGUAUAAGAAUGUCGUUCUUUCAGGAGGUUCCACGAUGUUCAGGGAUUUUGGACGUCGACUACAGAGAGAUUUAAAAAGAGUGGUGGAUGCCAGAUUAAAACUUAGUGAAGAGCUCAGCGGUGGCAGAAUAAAGCCUAAGCCUGUGGAGGUUCAGGUGAUAACACAUCAUAUGCAGCGCUAUGCUGUGUGGUUUGGAGGCUCAAUGCUUGCUUCAACUCCGGAGUUCUUUCAGGUUUGCCACACCAAGAAAGACUAUGAGGAAUAUGGCCCCAGCAUUUGCCGUCACAACCCUGUCUUUGGAGUCAUGUCGUAG